UUUUGAGGUUAUGUUAUUCUAAACCAAAACAAUAUUGGUUUACUUCGCAAAAUAAAACAAAUCUGAUUAAAUACAUUUUUAUUGUAAUAUUUCCUAUGUAAAAUGACGACAAUUUGUAAAUAUUGUAACGAGCCAGAGGAUAAACAAUACCGGCCUGGUCUGAUCUGUGAUACUUGUAUAUGUUUCGUGCAUUUGACUUGUUUGAGACGGCAGGGGACGCCGGGAGACUUAGCUUGCGAUGUUUUCUUCGACUUCACUUGUGAGGAAUGCUCACCGAAUCAUAAAGAACUGUUUUCAAGGAACAGAUUUCCAUGGGUGAGUGUGAUCCUGCUGACGCUGCACCAUCUCACCACCAACGCCUACGGCAUCAGCAACCACGGCUUCUUCCACUACAAGACGCACAUCUGCUCCUUCAUUGACCGCAAUUGGAGCAUACUGUUCGAUCCACAAUUUAAGCAGAAGAAGAACUGGGUUGGCACAAUAGCCGGCUCUCUGUCCGUACACAGCCAGAUCAUAUUUCGGUCUGGUUCGGCCAUCUUAGGAGAGCCAGGGUGGUGGCAGUUACAGCAUGCAUUCUCACCGGCAGUCGCUUCACAUAUCAUUCAAGAAAUAGCGAGGGACAAACCGAAGGGGCGUCCUCGGGGGCAGGUGCCGCUCGACAUUACGACUUUCUCUGAGAAGGUCAUCGAAAUGGGCUAUAAAGAAUUACUGCGAAAUGAGGAGCCCCAGUUGCUAAUCGAGAGGCCGGCCAAGCAACGCAAGUUAGAUCUCGACUACGCCAACAGUUUCUACGAACAACUUGAAGCUGACUCCAGCAGGCAAUCGGUGGUGGAAGAAACUGCUGAAGGGUCGUGCUCAGAUGACGCAAGGCUCGACUUUGUACCCCGCUACAUGCUCCCGUACCUGCAGAGUGACUCGUCAAGCGCGCACUCCGUCCCGGCGCACCAGACGAUCUACUACGACUCCGACUCUCGCAGCGAGUCCCCGCACAGAACUGAACCGCAACCCGAGCCGCAACCCGAACCGCCCGAGCCCGAGGAUAAACCCGAGAAAAAGAAGGUUGAAGAGAAGCGAGAACUCACGCGGGAGUCGAUGUUUUCCAAAGAGCCGAACAGCUUAGAGUUGCCGUGGAUCGAGCAGGAGAAAUAUGAGGUACAAAAAGACUUAGUCGACCUAACCCAAUACGAAGAGGUCCAACUGCUAAAACAAGUUGAACACCUGAUCCCCAAGGUGAAGGACCCUAGGAAAAGGGCCCAUCUGUACAGACUGAGGGCUAAGUUGUCGCUACGGCGGUUGAAAAGGCAUAAGAGGCUGCCUAUCUUCGAUAUGGAUAAAGCUGUUAAAGUGCUGUCAGGCCAAGUACCAGAAGAGGUUCAAGCUGUCACCAGCGUUGAACGAGUGCUCGACAGGUUCCAGAGAUCGUACCUCCACGACAACCUAUGUGGGACUAUCCUGGACACAAACUACGCAGUGACGGUCCUCUCCCAUAUCGAGCCUUCGCCGUUCCGUUCUGCUUACUCCAAUACUUUACUCAAGCCGUAUAUAAGAAGAGACACAGAGAGUAGACCUCUGUGGCUGAAGGUUACUGAUGAACUCCUUAUGAAAGCUAACAAGAAAAACCCAGAUUACAAACUGCCGCCACACGCAUCCAUAGACUAUUCCUACGUGCGGCCACACCACAUAGCGGCCAUCAACAAUCUCUGCGCGCAAUUCUUCUGGCCCGGCAUAGACUUAACGGAAGCGCUCGAAUACCCUGAAUUCAGCUGCGUAGUGACUUAUAAGAGGCUUAUCAUCGGCUGCGCGUUCCUAGUACCGGCCGAUGUGGCCUACAUCUCCUUCAUAUUAGUGCGGCCAGAGUGGCGGCGAGCUGGGAUCGCUACGUUUAUGUUGUAUCAUUUACUACAGACAUGCACAGGCAAGGACGUCACUCUACACGUUUCUCCAACAAACCCUUCAAUUUUCCUUUACCAGAAGUUUGGAUUCAAAGUGGAGGAACUAGUUCAAGAUUUCUACGAGAAAUACUACGACAUUGACUACAAAGGUUGCCGCCACGCACUGUUCCUAAGACUUACUAGAUGAAUAAAUGUAUUUUACUAAUUUCUCCGUUUCAUUUGAUAGUUUUUCAAGAAAAAACAACACGCCCGAUGCAAUAAACACAAGCUAUUUUUUUCUACUCAAUGACGACAAUGAGUCAAACGUCAAACA